AUGGCUCUGGGUCACUUUGGAUGUCUCUCGGCCCUCGUGGCUGGGGCGGUCUUGGGCGUUGGAGUUUCGGCGAAGGAGGAAUUGUACAAUGCGGGCGACGUGACUAUUUUGGCCGGGACUGAUCUGAGCGGCGCCGAAAACGACGGAUCGGGCGCGAUCCUCGUCAACCACCCAGGCCCUUUCCAAGCCGGCAGCGACAGCUGCACACGCCUGUCCGAAGUCCCCUGGAAUCCAGACACGACCGACUUCAAGUCUGUCCUUCAAAGCGCUCUCAACUACCAAACCUACCAGGACGUCUUUCCCGAGGACCAGCUGUACUGGAUCGCCUCAUCGACCGCCGGGUCUUGCGAUAAACGGCAUGCAACUUGCCGCGCGGUUGACGGCGCGGGCAAGGUCCACGACGAUGUCGACUGCGCGAAACACCUGCCGAUCCUCUGCUCGCACACCGCGCCCGUGUCGAGCUCCUCCCUGGAUGACAACGCGGCGACGUGGCAUGUGCAGCAGACGGUAGGCAGCAAGGUGCUGACGGGGUAUCGUGACUAUCACGUGUGGAAAUUUCGCGGGAUCCGGUUUGCCGACACGCCGGCGCGGUUUACGUACUCGCAUGUGGCGGAUUUUGAUGGGGGCAAGAAAGGCGAGGUGGUGAAUGCGACGAAGGCCGGCGCGGACUGUUCGCAGCCGAUUGGGGAGGUGACGAGUGGGAGCAGUGAGGACUGUUUGUUCGCGAACGUGUGGACGCCGUAUCUCCCACCGUCUGGCCCUGGGGAGAAAGGGUUGAUGGGCAAGAAGCAAGAAGGCACCACGAAGCUGAAGCCCGUGAUGCUGUAUAUCUACGGCGGCGGGUUCACGUCCGGGUCAGGUAAGAACACCAACACCGACGGUACCAACCUCGCGGCGCGCGGCGAUGUAGUCGUGGUAUCGGUCAAUUACCGCGUCGGGUCGAUCGGGUUCCUCAACUUCAACGACGGUGUGCACAACGGCAACUACGCGCUCUCCGACAUGGUGGCGGCGCUGGAGUGGGUGAACAAGUACAUCCGGUACUUUGGCGGAGAUCCGGAGCAGGUCACGGUGUUUGGCGAGUCCGCCGGCGCUGCGAGCACGCACAUCUUGCUGGGCGUGGCCAAGGCGAAGGGGUUGUUCAAGCGGGCCGCGCUGCAGUCGUCGCCGGAUGGGUGGCCCGGGGCGGAUCCUGCGGGGGGGAUCGGGUUGCCGUACUAUGAUACUCUCGAGCACAACUAUGAGGUGGCGACCAAGAAGGUGCUGAAGGACGCGGGGUGCGAGGACGCCGAGGACGAGAUCGAGUGCUUGAGCAAGCUGAGCGGGUUUGACCUCGUCUCGCUACCGACAAACGCCAACGGCUUCGUGGUGGACGGCACCUACCUUACCAACCACCGACUGGUCGUCAACUCAAGCGCAGACAGCCUCGCAACCGAUGUAUCCGUCCUCCUUGGCGUGAACCGCGACGAGACCGGCGUUUACUUUCCCCCGGCAGCCUACCCUCCGGACAACGUGACCUUCAUCGAAUACAUCGACGCGGUCGCGGCCGCAGUCUUCGGCGUCGUGGCCAACAUCUCCACCCACGACUACCUCAACAUCUCCAACGACCACCCCUUACCGGGCUUCCCCCUCUCCCUCUUCAACGAAACCGCCUCCCCAGCAACCAUCUUCGACGCAACCGUCCACCUCUCCACUCACUGGCUCUUCACCUGCAACACCUACGCCAAAGCCUACUCCGCAGCCAAGCACCACGCCUUCCAACAAACCUACUUCUUCGAGUUCAACCGCACCUACUCCCCGCGCGGCUACACCCAGCCCUGGUGCGACCCGCCGAUCCGCGACAACUCCACCACCUCCGAAUACCCCUACGGCGACCCGACCCACGACGAGUACUACAAGUGCCAUGCUGGUGAGCAGGUGUAUGUCUUCGGCACGGUGCUGCGCGCGGGCAUGCCGGAGCGCGAUGGCCUCGACGCGACGUUCAUGAAGUUGGUCGUUGACCACUGGGCGGCGUUUGCGCGGUGGGGGGAUCCGAAUCCGCGUGCGGACUGGUUGCGUGCGCGUGGGCCGGCGUAUCAGGAGACGCUGGAGGAGGUGGAGAGGGUUGGGGAGUGGAAGGCUGUGGAGGAGGACGAGCCGACGAUGAGGGUGUUGCAGUGGGGUGGGAAGCAGGUGGGAUUGGGCGAGGGACACGAAGUGAUUUGUGAGGGGAUUGGGGCUGGGUUGGAGAAUUUGGAGCCUUAA